UCAUUCAUUUGAAUUUUGAAUAAAUGCCCAUACACUCAAGCACACUUGCCUUCAAUGCAAUCAUACUCUUAAGCUCUUUCUAUUUGAUUAUCUUCAUCUCUACCCACAACAAAACAAAACCAAACCAUAACACAGCUACUUUAAUCCAGCAAGACAGAUUCUCAGUCCUCAUCCCUAACUGUAUUUGUACCAAAUUUGAACUUUUACGGAGAGGGUGACUGGAGGUUAGGGGACAUCCCACGAUCUGGGCAUAAUUUUUUCUUCGCUUGUUGCCCCACGAGAACAGAGGAAGGGGACGAUCAAUCAUGCCAUCAGGUGCAAAGAAGAGAAAAGCAGCUAAGAAAAAGAAGGAACAGCAGUCCAACAAUUCUUCUUCUGUCGACAAUAGUAGCCCUCGAGGUAGAAAUGAUGAUCCAAAAAGCCAGGAUGAGAGCGAUGGUGGUGAGGUUGGUUCCCCUGCAUCACAGGAACACCAUAGUGAGCAGAAUCCAUUUAAUGAGGAGAAUGAAGAAUCUGACAAGAAAGACUCGUCGUUUGCUUCUGGAUGCACACCUGUUGAGGGAGUCACUAAAGAUGCAGAAGGAAGCCAAAAAGUUGGAGUAGAGGAUAAUACUGCUGUUACAAUUGAGAGAGAACUAAAUCCUGAGCAGUAUAUGGAGAGUAAAGACAUUAGCGUGGAACAUGUUGAGUCUGCAAAGGAUUCACAUGAUGGAGAUGACAAAAGCUCUAGCAAUAGUUCUGAUGGUGAGUCUCGAGUUUUUGACAUAAAAUGGAAGGAGGAAGCCAAUUCAGCUUCAAGUAAUGUGGAGAAGGCAUUUCCUGAAGAGGUGACACAGAUUUUUGAAAUUGGACAAACACUUGAGGAAGCAGCUGGCAAUUUAGUUGCAAAAACCGUACCUACUGGUUUGGUUACACCUGUGCUGCCUAUGUAUGAGGUGGCAAAACAUGUGAUGGAAGGUGCUGAAGUUGAGAAUUCAGAGGUUCUGGAUGUUGUCGAACUGGGAUUGAAGGAAAAUGAGGACAAAUUCCUGCUGCAAUCCAGUGAUGUUGUAUCUGCUUUGGUUCCUGAGAAAAAUAAGGAUAACUUCUUCCCUGUAUUGGAUAAAAAUGUUGGGCCAUCAACAGAUGUCAUUUGUUCCACUGCAAAUGGAAAUGAGUAUAAGACAUUGACAUUGUCAGGUGCUUAUAGUGCUGAAACUAGCCUUUAUGCAGAAAAUGUCAACGACUCUGGGAAUUCAAAUGGUACUGUAAUUGCAAAUGAGCCUACGACUAAGAUGUCAAAAUCAUCAGGUAAUUACACUUCUGAAACUAGUAAUGAUGCAGAUAAAGCCAAAGAUACUGAGAUUUCCAGGUAUACUGAAAGCCAGCCUCUUGUACCUCCAGCUCCACAAGUAUCACAGAGAACCUCGUGGAUGAGUUGCUGUGGUUUGUUUGAAGUUUUCACUGUAUCCAACAGAUAGUGUCAGAUCAUCAUAAGAUGUUAUGGUACUGAAGCAACUUUGGCCUUGUUCCACCAUGGCACUUGUUUCCACCACCUCAACUCAAUCCUUGUUCUGUCGUGGCAGUGUUGUAUGGGCUGCCUGGUCAGUACCAAAAUGAUGUUGAGGGCCACUGUGACCAUAUACUCUAUUGUGCACCUUUCCCAAUUAAUAUUUUUCCUAUUUUUUUUCUCCUUUUUGAUUUAUUGAAUAAGCGAACUCCUCUUUGCUUUUCUAUUUAUAUUGCUUAAAUUUGCUUCAAAUAAUCUGAGGUCUAAAGGGAAAAUAAUGUUUUGGAUUUUCAUUAUUUGCAUAGGACAUAGGGGAACAAUGAGCGACAAUGCUCCAGUACUGAUAUCUUUUCAUCCUCUUCUCAUACUAUGUUUUUCCAUAUUGCCUGUGUUCUUUUUUUUUUUUCUUUUUGGUAUAAUUGGCUCCAGCUGGCGAUUCGAAUUUGAGAUCUCUCGACUCUAGAGAUAACUCCAAUACCAAUGAGCUAAAGCUAAUUGGUCCUGUGUUCUUUUUUCAUGUAAUGUGUGCUGUGAAUUAAUUUUCUCCAA